CCCAGAAAAAAUCAAACCCUAGUCCCACAACGAACAUCCCAAAUUGACCCGGUCCAUCUUCAAUCCUCACGUCGACAACCCGUACGAUACGACACGAAGCCGCCCACCAUGUCGUCCAAGGUCAAGGCUGGUCAGCUCUGGGGAAAGAGCAAGGAUGACCUCACCAAGCAGCUGGAGGAAUUGAAGACCGAGCUGAGCCAGCUCCGUGUCCAGAAGAUCGCUGGCGGUGCCUCCUCGAAGACCCACAGAAUUCACGACGUUCGCAAGUCGAUCGCUCGCGUUCUGACCGUCAUCAACGCCAACCAGCGCGCUCAGCUCCGCUUGUUCUACAAGAACAAGAAGUACACUCCUCUUGACCUCCGCCCCAAGCUCACCCGUGCUCUCCGCCGCCGUCUCACCAAGCACGAGGCUACCCUGAAGACCGAGCGCAAGCGCAAGCAGGAGAUCCACUUCCCCCAGCGGAAGUACGCUGUUAAGGUACGAAGCCACACAAAACCCGACUAUUUGGUUCUUGCUGCCCUGCAGGAAGAACCAGCGAGAGAGACAUCAAGGACAUUGACUAACUGGUAUAAACAGGCUUAA